GAGGCUGCGGAGCGCGGCCGAGCUGCGGAUCGGGGCUGCGCCCGCCGCGGCCCGCGGGCAUGGACGAGGACGGGCUGCCCAUCGUGGGCUCCGGCAUUGACCUCACCAAGGUUCCUGCUAUUCAGCAGAAAAGAACUGUGGCAUUUCUAAACCAGUUUGUGGUUCACACAGUGCAGUUUCUCAACCGCUUUUCUACUGUUUGUGAAGAGAAAUUGUCAGCACUCUCUCUCCGUAUCCAACAAAUUGAAACCACACUCAAUAUUCUGGAUGCAAAGUUAUCCUCAAUUCCUGGCCUAGAAGAUGUCAAAUUUGAAGUGUCCAGUGCAAAUGUGAACAGUGUUACAAAUGGUCCUUUGGCACAGGCUGCUACAGAUCAACAGACAGCUGGAUCACCUCAGUCUGGACAGAACAAUGCACAAGAAGAAGGGUUACAGAAAACGGAGGUGGUAACAGAAAAUGUCAUAACUGUGGCCAAGGAUCCAAGAUAUGCCAGAUAUCUCAAAAUGGUGCAAGUGGGUGUUCCUGUAAUGGCAAUACGAAACAAAAUGAUUUCUGAGGGGCUAAAUCCAGAUCUUCUUGAGACCCCAGAUGCCCCUGUGCCUGCCUGGGGAGAUGAUGGCAAAGCAGAAGACAGCUCUGAUAGUGAAUCUUCAUUCAGUGACUGAAGAGACUGAUUCCAGCCUUUGGAAGCCUUUGUUAAGUUCUCUUGUGUUUGGAGCUUUGGCGGACAAUGGUUUUAUCUGAUGGCGUUUUAGAUCCUCUGUGUUCUCUUCUGGAAAGUUUGAACAGGCAGCGUGUUUCAGUCUGAACCCUUCCCCCAUGGAAAUUAAUCAUGAGAUCCUCGCAGAUUUUAUGCUGCAUCAUGUCAGAUUCAUUUCUGAUUCUGCUGAAAUGGCUUUGUAAGGCUCUAAGAAUUCCACACCUCUAAACCUCCAUAUCUCUAAAACUGCAUUCUAGUCAUUAUUAGAUUUUCUGUGUAACACAUUUAACCUACAUUGCCUUCUUUCUGCCCUAUAACUUAAAGGUAAAUUAACUUUCGAAAAUGAAAGUUUUAUCAGUUUCACUGAUGAACUGUACUUUUUUUUGUCAAUAUCCUACAUCUACAGUGAUGCAACAAGAAUUACAGAUGUCAGCUCUCUUAUGGUGGUUGCAAAUCAGUGAUACUCAGAUUUGAGAAAAAACUAAAAUACAAAUGAAAAAUAUAUUAAAACCCAUUUUGUAUCUAUUCAAUGCCGCAUUAGAGUCUCUAUGAAGCUGUUAAAGGAGCUCCUACUUUUGAAGGGUUGAUUUAUCAGGUUCAGGUUGUGGUGUUGUAGAAAGGUACAAACAUGGCAAGGUUAGCUUGAAAAUGACACUGGGAAAAAAGCAAGGGAUUGUGAGAUCAUAAACGGAAUCUCACUACUUGUUCACUGUUAUGUGGGUCUGUUGAAACCAUUUUCUGACUUCAUUGGCCUCACUCAAAAGAAGCUGUGGCUGAGCAGUUUGCUUAGAAUGAUAAAUCACCUCCAAGUUGAUGCCUUUGCUGAUUAUUUCAACAAAGAAGCUAGAAUUCAGUUUGUAUAAGGAUAAAAAUACCGUGGCACCACUUGAGGCAGGCACUGAGGAACAAUAUAAAGAACUGCCUGAUGUGCCCUGAAGAUUCCCCUCAAAAUUAAUUGAUGCACUCCAUGACUCAAAAAUGAUAUUUCAUUAAAGAAUCUUCUUUAAUACAAUUUGUUCCACGUGAAAUCCUUCGCAAUCUGUUUGAAUUCGCAGAUUGAUGUGAUUAUACCAGAAUGCUGUGUGCCAGGCAGUCAUUAACUUUCUGGUGUUUCACAUUCUUGUUGCAACCAAGAGAAGAGUAAAACUGAAGCUCCAAGUACGUAAGUUUGUUAGCCUUUAUGACUGAGUAAAUACCUUCUCUCUUAGUUACUUGUGCCACUUCAGUAGGUUACCUGUUUUGUUUUUUUUUUUCUGUAACUUAAGCAUUGGCUCCCAUUUCAGCCUAGCAAACAUAUUUAUGCUCUCCAAAACCUAUAAAUCAGAGUAAUGUCUAAUCCCUUCAAAAGCAUAUAUACGCGCUAGAGAAUGUCUAGAGAUUGUAUUUCAAUGACGGGUUAAUUACUAAUGAACACUUAAAAAUUUAUUUAAUAGUUAACACUUGGUAAAACACAAAAAUAUUAACAUAUUAGCAAUAAGUAUUUCAAAUGUAAAUGUGAUAAUGUUAUUUCACAAUGUAUAUAUUGAAACAUUCACAACUUUUUAAAAUCUAUAUUUGAAAACUCAUUUAAGCAGUCUGUAUAAUAAAAGCUAUAAUUUGUAAACCAAA